UGAGAAUGUAAAAAAAGAGAUUUCUCUGACAUUAUUCAGUUAAAAGUGAGGUCACAGAGGCGCGCGCCUGGGAAACCUUGCGAGCAUUGUCGUGUUUGUUUAUUUUGUACUUUCUUUCUUUCUUCCUUUUGUCGCUCAUUUCCAACAGCUGCUCGCCAUGGAUCCCGAUGACGUUGGUGCUUACAAUUGGAGAAGUACAACCAGUAGUAACCGCACGGUUACUACUCGAACGGAUUCCACGGAAUGCGAUGAUUAUUGGUUUGUUCCUCCUUAUGCCGACAUUAGAGAGCUACAAGAACAGCUCAAGGCGCUAGAGACGGAUUCAGCGACACACAUGGUGUUAAAUCCUGACCAGGAGCGAGUCGAGAUUUGGGGCCCGACAGCAUGCAUUCAGAAGGCGAAGCAACAGCUUACAUACUUUGCUUCGGUCUACCAGGACAUGGCUGAAACCAAACGGAAGGCGACUAAAUCAAAGGGCUGGGCGAAACCAGAGCGCGAGUUGACGAAAGCCGAAAAGAGAAAAAAGGAACGCAGGGAGAAAGAGCUUUUCGAGAGUCAACGUUAUCUGAAUUUACCAACGGAGGAUUUAGCGUUUAAUCACUGUAUUAAGUGGCCCAAAGAUCAGCCUAUCGGUCGUCUUCUUGGUAGCAAUUUGAUCGUCCUUAACAACUUGAGAACUGAAUUCAAGUGUUUUAUCUGGCUAGAGAACGCAGACCUAAUUCAUGUUGCUGGUAAUGACAAGAAUAACGUGUUGUCGGCUAUGAAUCGCAUUAAAAACUACAUCCUCAUGCGGACUAGGCCACCCAUCGAGACCGUUUGUCAUGUCCUAGAAAAACCAUCGAAGCUUGUAGAGAUUGAAUUGGUUCCAGAUCCACGCGUGCCUUAUAUUGAUUUGCCGACCCAGCUGGCUAUGCCUCAAAUCAGAUCACGAAAGGAAAGCAAUCCUAAUCAUUUCUUGAGAGCCAGACUAGUGGCAGGAUAUGAGAAUCUUCAUGAUCUUGAUUUGCAAAUGGCGGCGAUUGAAAGAGGCGACACCAAUUCACAGAUUAAGGCUGAAAAUGGGGUCAACAUUAUGCGGAAUGCGGCGCAAGCAGGUGCUUUGAGUCAAGAUGAUAUUUAUAUUCAAUCGAUGGCGUAUAUUGAAAAUAUGACGAACCAAAACAUUACACGCAUCCGUAGAGCAUUGGAAACUACACUCGGUCAAGUACAAUUGUUGGAUCGAGAAAUCCAAAUGCGAAUCAAUAUCGGGCGUAUUCGCUUUUUAGAAUACCCUAGUAGGAGUCUAUACCAGGUUCGUGAGAUGGACAUUAGUGUUCUCCCCGACCCCCGCUUAAUAACCGAGUUCAGCCCGUUUUUGACCGACUCAACAGACCUUUUCCGUAAGCUUAAAGCGAGGCUCUCUUCCCUCGGCCAGCUAUCUGUUAUCGAGCCUGAGGCGGUUUGGACGCUUGGUGUGCUGAAAAGAGGCGAGCCUCCUAACGAAAGACCUAUCAAUGUCCAGACGGAAAUGACAUUUCGAGAUGACGGCAAAGUCGGUCUCUGGAAUGCAUUAGUGCAAACAUCGACUCCUCUUAACAUUAGGGUCCUUUCAUCUGAGAAGAAGCUCUCAUGGACAUGGAGUGUUACUACAAGAAGGCGGUUAGAGCUGGACAAGUUCUCACCGGAAGGGAAAUUUGUACACCAACUCAGUUUGGACAGAAGUAAAGGAGAAGACGGCAAGCUCGUUUCAGCCGACACGAGUUACGUGCAACUGAGACACAUUCGACGUUCGAAGAAGUGGUUAUUCGUGAGGGAUCCGUGGACGAUUGAGCUGACAAAGGACUCUUUCUGGACACGCGAAAGGCCUGCAGCACCCUUCCAAUACCUGACUCUUGAUACAGAGCCUGAUCAAGAGCUGUACUCCGUUUCAAUGUAUAGAGAUUCAUGGACAAUGCGGUUCAGCGAGAACCCACACCUUGGCGUAGGUCAAGUAUCUUCUUGGGAACCUUCCGACUUUGUGGAAGGCGAGGAGUCCAUUAUCAAGACGAUAGAGAUGGUUUCUAAUAUUCGCUCAAUGAUCGAAGGGUUGCUCUAAAUCCCCCAAGUGCUUGCAAUAAUGCUCCGCACAGUGAUUAUACUGUAAUGUUUGGAGGGUAGUUUAUAAAUCAUUAAAUCUUUUCGCAGAAAUCUUUAUGAUUGGAGUGGUUGAGCAAGG